AUGGCGCGCGUCAUCGUCUCCGGGACGUUGGGUUCAAUUUUCAUGGGCAUGAGCGGCGCCUCCAUCGGCGCCAUCAUCUUCGACACCGCCACAAUCCCCUUUGUGGUGUCGGCCUGUGUGGGCUUCACUCUCGGUGCCGUUGGCUUCUACCGUGACGCCUUGCGAAAGGCCCAACGGGCCCUAGAUCGGUUUCCGCAGUUGCUUCAGCUGCAUUUGGAUUCUAACUUCUCUCACACUGGCUUUGACACCUGGGACGCAGGGCGGUUUCGGAGCGGGGUGUUUGGGAAAAGCUGGGUGUUGCAGAGCAUGCUUGUCGCCAGCUGGAUGACGGCGACACGAGCAAUCGAGCGCAUCUAUGAAGCUGAAGAAGAACGAAUUCUCCUUCCCUUUACAGUCGCGGCACAGGAUGUUGAUGGUGAUGGAGGAGAGUGA